UAUAUGAUUUACAAUGGUUGCUGCCCACGACACUGGAACGUACAGACCCUCGGCCAGCCUCAUAUUGGCUGCUAGGGAGGAUUCCUCUGCAAAGUUUGACUACAGCUUACUUUUAAUAAAACGCAGCGAGCGCACUUCUUAUGCUUUGAAUCACUGCGUCUUUCCUGGUGGCGUGUUCGAUGCCGGGGCGGACGAGUCUCCAGAGUGGAUAACAUAUUUUCACUCUUUUGGCGUGACCGACGAGGAUUUUAAGCGACUGAGCAGCGACCAGGUGUCCGCCAGGUCAAAGUUCCUGUCCUCCGGCCAGAACUUUUCCAGAGAUAUCUCAUUGCGGCUGACCGCUCUAAGGGAGACUUUCGAGGAAGUCGGCCUCCUGCUUUGCUCCAACGAAGAGGGCAUCAGGAGUUGGAAUUGCACGACAGGCGAGCCGCGGACUUUGCUCCUCCAGCCAGAAGAUCGCUCCCAUUGGCAACAGCGAGUGCACAACGAUGCCACUCAGUUCCUGGCAUUAUGUAGGCAUCUCCGCGUCCUUCCCAAUCUCUGGUCCCUCCAAGAAUGGUCCAUUUGGAGGACACCAGCCACUGCAAGUCGCAAGUACGACACUGUUUAUUACAUUACCGCUCUGCAAGCGCCGUCGAAGCAGGUGAGCCUUUUGCUAGAGCCGCAAGAGGUGGCCUCGGCGCACUGGCUGGCUCCGGAAGACGCCUGGACCCAUUCCCAAGAUGGCACUAUAUGGCUGCCGUUCAUGCUGCUCUACGAUACGGCGCGCCUGAUGAACCUGCAUCGUUUGGAGGACCUCUUAAAGUUCUCUCGGGAGCGCAGUGCUUUGGGGACCACAUUGGUGCAGCCUGUGUACUACCGCUGCGACGGAUGCAUGUUUGGAGUGCUUCCAGGCGACGAACUCUACGUAAACCAGCCGGAGAACUGCACACAAGCCAUUAUCCUGUCCGGCUCUGUUGCCGAACUAAACCGCCGUGCCAGGCAGUACAAUCGAUACAUCAUCUACGACUUUCACAAGGUUGUGCUGGCCUCAAACGUUCCUCCCUUGGAUGGACAUCUCCAGCUGCAGGCGAACGUCAACACCCAGCUAGCAAAAUUGUAAUAGAAAUGGCCCCAUUUAUGGGAGAAAAUAUAUUUUUUUGCUACGACA